AUGUCAAGGUAGGUUUAUGUAAGUCCAGAAAGAAUGACAAUUCAAAAAUUGGAAGAGUACCCCUCUGCUUUGUAAGACUUGAAUUUUAAUCAUUGUAUGAUAAUUAUUUCAUUUAUGAUUAGCAAGGUUCUAAGAGAUAGAGGGAGAGUUCAAAGCUUUGGAUGUCGAUCAAAGUGGUUGGUUAUCAUUGACAGAAUUGGAAUUGCAUUUGAAAAGGAAAGGAUGUGAUUAACAAUUAGUAUAGGAGAUCUUUAAUGAUUUAAAUACCAAUUAGGAUCAAAAAAUAUCAAAAGAUGAGUUCACUCACGGUUAUCUGAAUAAAGAGUAAAAUCUUAUAGAUUAAGUUAAAUCAUUCGAAAUCAAAAUUAAACAAAUCAGAACAAGCGAAGAAGAAUUUAAACAAUAGAUAAAUGUAGCAAAUCAUCAAUAAUUCAUAAUAACACUAUAAUCAGGUUGUCUAAACUAAUUUUAUAGAUAGUAAGAUGAUAUUAUAAAAGCGUCAAAAUAAAUUGAAGUUCUCUUUUAAUGUAAUGAAGCUUCUGAUGGGCAUGAUAGAUUUAGCAAGCCAAGCUUAAAUUGUGAAUAUCCGGUUUGGGGUGAUAAAAUUACUUAUAUUCUUCAUUAAAUACACUAAAUAGAAAUUUCAGUUGAAUUAAUUGAAAUACACUAACUUCAAAAAUAGUCUCUUGGCAAAUUAAGAGUCCAAAAAGACCUUCAAUAAGACUUUCAAAUUCAAGAGUAACUAAUUUUCGAAGGCAUUGGUGAAAUCUUGGUUCUUUUUGAAUAUAUAAAUGAUUGGGUAAAUUCAUUUCUUAUAUCUUUAUAGAAUGAGUACAUAAAAAUGCAAAUGCAAUAUUGUGAAUAAAAUGUCAAUAAUCUUCUAGAUUAAAUCAGAUAGAUUAAGCGCAAAUUGUACUUUAUGAAAUAAUUAUAUAAUUUUGAUAACAGCAACUUGAAGCAAAAGGAAACUCUAUCACUCUCUCUAUUACCAGCUUACAAAUUGGAUAACUAAACAAAUAAAUCGUUUCAACAAUAAGAAAAUAAAGCUUAAUAUGAUACUCAACCAAUUUUCAAUUAGUGUUAGCAGUCAUAACCAGAAUCAAUAAGGAUUCAAUAAAUUGCUAUCCUAGAUUAAUAAGAUUAUAAAUAAUAAAAUGAUUUGCCUGAUGCUUUUAACAUAUUUAAGCAUUCCUUAAGUGAACCUGAUGCAUUCAUUAUUGAUAUGGACCAGAUUAAGAAUCAAUAGAAUUACAAACUAAUGGGUAUAUUAGUUCUACUUAUAACAAUCAAUAUUGCUUUUUCAAGAUGUGAUUUUCUAGGCUUACUGCUAGUUCUGUUAAGUAUUCCUUAUUAAAAUAAGAAAUGGAAUAAUUAGUAACUUUAAUUCUAUUCUUAUGGAAUGAUCUUUUCUUUGAUAUUAGACUUUUACUGGUAUUUAUAUAGUAUAACAAAAGGAUCCUAAAAUUUGCUAAUUGUUUUUCUAAUCUAUAUUAAUGCAAUAAUUAAUAUGGAUUUGCAUUAUCAAUCUACUUUUUAUGCCUACUAACUUGUCUUGGGAAAAUUUAUGUACUCUAUAAAGUCCGUGGAUAUCAUUGAUCUAAAUUUCCUAAUGAGUUAUAAACUUUAGAUUGUGUAACAUUUAAUAUCAUUAAUAUAAUUAAUUAUUUUAUAAAAAAUAAAUGAAGGGGAACUAAAGAUAUACACAAAUUCAUUUAACAAAUCCACUUCCUCAAGAUAAUAUGAUUGAGAAUGUCUUCGAAUCACUUGUAAAUGAAUUAAAAUAGUUUCGUUAAAACGUUCCAGUAGGUUGUUUGACAGAUAAAUGCUCACAUCAAUAAAAGGAAAAAUAGGAUUUAAGUAUGUUUAGUGGAGCAGGAGGAUAUCUCUAUUUAUAUUUGAGAAUGUACGAAUUUGUUAAAACUCUUCCAGAGGAUCUUUAAACAUUUUGUACGAGUGGAUUAAGUGAUUAAGAAUUACCCGAAUUUUAUAAUCCAGAAAUCUAUUUAGAUUUAGCAUAAAAAUAAUAUGAUGCUAUGCAAGCCAUCUUAAAACAAGAUAGAUAUAUUACAUUUUUAAUGAGCAACAUAGCCAUAUCACUAUUAGGAGCAGACUUAUAUUUCAUUAAAAAAGAUAAAGAAAACUUUUCAAAAAAUAUAUCUUAGGUUUUGGGUGUCUUUGCCAAUAUAAUGGCUAAUCCAAAUUAAUUUUAACAAGAGUUAUUAUAUGGAAUCCCAGGGUAUUUAUAUAUGUUUUUGUGGAUAAAUAAAAAAUACUCUAAAGAACAAGGACCGUAUCAAUUAGAUUUAACAUCCCAUAUAUUUAAUUUAUGUAAAAUGAUUGUUGCUCAAUGUGGUGAUGGAAUAAUGAAGUGUAAAUUUUUUAAUUAAACUUAUUUUGGUGCUGCUCAUGGUAUUUUAGGAAUUAUUUAAAUAUUAUUGCUGAGUUAUGAGUAAGCUAAAGAUUACUUUCAUUUGAAAGAUGAGAAGUUUACAUUAAAAAUGCUUGAGUCUAUUUAAUUAACUCUGGAUUAUUUAAUAAAGAUCUAUUAUAAAUAGGGUAAUAUUCCACCUUCUGCCGAAGGUAUAUAAAGCGUAGAAUUACAACAAUUUUGUCAUGGAAUACCAGGAGCACUAAGUCCAUUGUUGAAAGCAUAUCAAAUCUUUAAUAAUCAAGAUUACAUGAAUGCUUCAAUUCAUAUGUCAGAGACAUUAUAUAAAUAUGGUAUGAUAAAGAAAGGAUAUGGAAUAUGUCAUGGUAUACCAGGGAAUAGUUAUGGAUUUAUGCAAAUAUAUUAGGUAACUAAAAAUGAGAAAUUUAGAAGAUAUGCUUUCUAAUUUUUACAAUAUAAAUAAAACCCUCAUGUCUUCAACGAAGUUAAAAACUUUCCAUUCUAUGAUAGACAUGUUGUUGGAAUGUCUGAUAAUCCUUUUAGUUUGAUGCUGGGAUCGGUUGGUGACAUGUGUGCAAUGAUGGAUUUUAUAAAUUAUAAAAGAAUGCCAGGAUAUGAAGUUUGA